AUGCUGACGCGUGGAUCGACGGCGUCGACGGAGCAUCGACGACUGGGAAACCACUCGAUCCUCCAUGGAAAUGUUUUGAUUGCGGCGUUGCGGGAAAUUCUAAGGGGAAGUGCAGCUGUGCCUUCACCGUGUUUCAAUUUUCAAAAGUGGGUUGCAUGCGGGGAAACCAGGGUUAAAGCAGAUAUAACGGCGAGCCAAAGGCGACUGUUAUUGAGUUCAGUCAGACCCGAAACCCAGGGACUCGUUCCCAGAACAAGAGGGCCCACGUCGGGUCCGGCUGCCUUCAGUCGGGUUUUCGUCCCUGUCCCUGACAGGCAGGAAAGAUUCAGAGUCGCAGUUGCGAACCGGUUUCUGAUACUGGUGCCGGUCAAUGUUCAGUACUUUGGAGUAGUGAAGGCAUCACGCGGGAAAAAGACGCUUGAGCCGCACGCAAGCGCCAGAGCCAACUGCGGAGUUCAGGAAGACCCGAAACCCGCGGAAGAAUCGCUUGAACAUAAGGGCGCACGCCGGGUCCGGCUGCCGUCAGUCGGCGUUUCGUCCCUGUCCCUGACGGUCGGGAGGAAAGACAUGACUGAGGAGAGACGAGUAGAAGGAGAAAAGUUGACGUUGUGCGGUUCAGGCGAGUCCUGUUUUCCUUUUACUCCUUCCGGGACUUUUCCAGUUACAAUAGACCAAGAAAACGAAUCAUCAUCUUCGAAGAUCUGUUGCACGCCCGCGGGUUGCAGCAUCAAGACGCCCAUUCGGCUCGACAACUUGGCUGAUUGUGUUCGGUUGUAUGCUAUAAUGAACAGAAGAGCAGUUCAUGGGAUGAUUGGAUGA